GGUUUGAUGCGUCGAAGACAAAGCAACAUGUCAACACAGCGUGGCGUAACAAGUAAAUAUCAACUUCUCUCGUAUGUUAAACUUGUCAGUGAAAAUUAGUUCUAUGCGACCGGGUUUUCACCGAGCCUCUGCCGAGUUAUUUCGGCUGCAUGCGGUGCCGGUUUUCACAGAUGCGCCCCUCCGACGCUUACUCCACUGGGAGGGAGUCUGGGCUCAUGAUGGAGUGACGGCGAUACUCUCUCGGAAAUUGUAAUGCUUCGGCCAGCGGGGGGAAUUAAUUGUUGCUGUUUUCCUUUCUUUUUCUUUUUUUUUUUUUAAACUGACACGCCUUGUUUUUGGAGAAAACGUCUGGAAAUGUCAAGUUAAUCACCGAAAUAUCUGUCGGAACGAAAUGGGAUAAAAAAGGGGAAAUUCCGCAACAUUUCUUUGGAAAUGAACGAACUACAGAGAUUUUUACCCUUUGUCAGAAAAUGCUGGGUUCAACAUUUUCAUCUAAUUCAACUGUUGUUGCUUUUUUUUUUUUUCGCAGCGUGCCCUGUCAACGUGACCACGAUGGAAAUAAGUGUUCCCAAAUUCCUCUGCGCAUACGGUUUAAAGUGCAACUCUGAUCAUUGAUUAUAUCUGAAAUCCAGUUGCUCCCUAAAGGUGAUUUGAAGCAAAAGUUGGCUGACUGUGCUUGGAUUUUUUUUCCCCUUUAUUUUUUCGGGUUCUUUUUCUCGGUUCAGUGAAAAUGUGAGUUUCAGCGCGCACCAGACAGUCGCCAAAGGCAGAACCCAGAUUUUCCACCGGGGGGGAACCGGGCUUUGUACCGCAGCGACGUCCUCGCUGUUCUUCUCGCCGAAAUGCCUCUGGGUGCACCGAUUCCGUAAAGACACAAGUGGAUAUUGCUUCUCCAUGGUGUUCAACGACCAGGUGCAUCAGAGAAGGCAAUAUCUGGGCUAUUUUGUGCAUUAAAUGCUGGACACACCUUUUUGAAUGUCCGUCAAGCAAGAAGGUCCUGGAUUUCAAUCCCAGCCUGGAGUCUUUCUACAUGGAGUCUGCACGUUCUCCCUAUUUCAGCGGGGGUACCAUGACGAGUGAGGAGUGUCCUGUGCCGCUGAGGAGUAUCUCCUCAGCACGGCCGGGGCAGAGCGAGGAAUAUGGCUCAGCACACAUAGAUGACAUCAUUGAGGAAGUAGGUCCGGGCGAUGACGUCAGCAUCGGCAGUGACUUAAGCACGCUUGUGCUGCCCUUCCCUGAGUUGGCGCCUGUGGUCUUCUUCUGCCUCAAGCAGACGACCUGUCCUCGCAACUGGUGCAUUCGCAUGGUCUCCAGCCCGUGGUUCGAGAGGAUUAGCAUCAUGGUGAUCCUGCUCAACUGUGUGACGCUUGGCAUGUACCAGCCCUGCGAGAACAUUGACUGCACCUCGGACCGCUGUCAGAUACUCCAGGCCUUCGAUGCAUUUAUCUACAUCUUCUUUGCAUUGGAGAUGGUGGUAAAGAUGGUGGCUCUUGGGAUCUUUGGCCGUCGCUGUUACUUGGGAGAUACCUGGAACAGGCUGGAUUUUUUCAUCGUCAUGGCUGGGAUGGUGGAGUACUCCCUGGACCUGCAAAACAUCAACUUGUCUGCCAUUCGCACGGUUCGGGUUCUUCGGCCCCUGAAAGCCAUCAACAGAGUCCCAAGUAUGCGCAUUCUGGUGAACCUGCUGCUAGACACUCUCCCCAUGCUGGGCAAUGUGCUGCUUCUCUGCUUCUUCGUCUUCUUCAUCUUCGGCAUCAUCGGCGUGCAGUUAUGGGCGGGACUCCUGAGGAACCGAUGCUACCAAGAGGAGAACUUCACCAUACCUUCAGGCAUGACGCUGCCAGCUCCUUACUACCGACCAGAAGAGGAUGAUGAGCGGCCCUUCAUCUGCUCCCUGGCUUCUGAUAACGGCAUCAUGUCAUGCUCUGAUGUACCAGCGCGGCGGGAAGGAGGACGCGUAUGUUGUCUGGAUAAGGAAGACGCUCUGCACAGACAGUCUCUGGGCCUGAGUCCUGAGCCACUGUCGAAUGGCAGCGGCGCUGGAGAAGCUCUGGGUCUGUGCAUCAACUGGAACCAGUAUUAUACACGGUGCCAUACUGGAAGCACUAACCCCCACAAAGGAGCAAUUAACUUUGACAACAUUGUGUAUGCCUGGAUUGUCAUUUUCCAGGUGAUAACAUUAGAGGGCUGGGUGGAGAUCAUGUAUUAUGUGAUGGAUGCUCACUCCUUUUACAACUUCAUCUACUUCAUCCUUCUCAUCAUUAUUGGUUCAUUCUUCAUGAUCAACCUGUGCCUGGUGGUCAUCGCCACUCAAUUCUCAGAGACCAAACAGCGGGAGCACCAGCUGAUGCAGGAGCAAAGAGCGCAGUGCCUGUCCUCUUCCACCUUAGCCAGCAUGGCUGAACCAGGAGACUGCUAUGAAGAGCUCUUCCAGCUGGUCUGUCACGUCCUUCGUAAGGCCAAGAGGAGAUCAGCAGCUCUCUACUACACUCUAAGAGGCAAGCCUGCUCCAACCAGUAUAGGCAGGGGCAACAGGCGAGGGGGAGGGAAUGUCAAUGGAGAUCGGCAUCAUUUGAGGCACCAAAGAUCACCCAAAUGUCCGCACCAUGGCAAGCAGAACCAUGACUCCCAAGCUCAAGCUAAUUCCAUCAGCCUGACUGUCCAGAGCCCUGAGGAGUGCCCUAUCUGUUUGAAGGAAGGUUCGAGGUCUGCAGGACAGGAGAAUGGGGAAGAAAAUGAAGAAGAUGCCGUGAAGGAAACAGACAAAGAGGAGAACCACUUAGAGGAGAAGAAAAAUGAGGAGAGGAGGCAAAGGAGGACGUGUUUUGGACGUUGUAGGGACCUUUGGAAGGAUAUGAGAAGGAAACUUUGGGGUAUUGUGGAGAGCAAGUACUUCAGCAGGGGCAUUAUGAUUGCAAUUCUUAUCAACACCAUCAGCAUGGGCAUUGAACACCACAACCAGCCUGAGGAACUGACCAAUGUCCUGGAAAUCUGUAACAUUGUCUUCACCAGCAUGUUUACCCUGGAGAUGAUCCUAAAGCUCUCAGCUUUUGGCUUUUUUGAGUACUUGAGGAACCCAUACAACAUCUUUGAUGGCAUUAUUGUCAUCAUCAGUGUGUGUGAGAUCAUUGGUCAGGCAGAUGGUGGUCUGUCAGUGCUGAGGACGUUCAGGCUGCUGAGGGUCAUUAAGCUGGUGAGGUUCAUGCCUGCACUGAGGAGGCAGCUUGUGGUCCUGAUGAAGACCAUGGACAACGUGGCCACCUUCUGCAUGCUGCUCAUGCUCUUCAUAUUCAUCUUCAGUAUCUUGGGGAUGCAUAUAUUUGGCUGUAAGUUCAGUUUGAAGACAGAGGCAGGAGAUACGGUUCCUGACAGAAAGAACUUUGACUCCUUACUUUGGGCUAUCGUCACUGUAUUUCAGAUUCUAACUCAGGAGGACUGGAACAUGGUUCUCUACAAUGGCAUGGCGUCCACCUCUCCCUGUGCUGCUCUUUACUUCGUCGCCCUUAUGACAUUUGGAAACUACGUGCUCUUCAAUUUACUCGUCGCCAUUUUGGUUGAAGGUUUUCAAGCAGAGGGUGACGCAAAUCGCUCCUAUUCGGAUGAUGACAGAUCCUCCUGUAAUUUUGACGAAAAUGAUAAGCAAAAAGACUCCCUUCACCUCUCAGACCCAAAGAUCUGUACCCUGACCCCUAACGGACACCUGGACAUGUCAUUGUUGCCUGCUGGUCUGUUUCCAGGAGAGAAGUUGACCUUUGCACUCGGCUCCAGAAAGAACAGUGUUAUUUCUCUCGGCAGAGCUGACCUGGAGAGGAGGGCUGCGUAUCCAGGUCGAGGUUACCACAACUGGGGCCGUCCGCUACCUCCCCAGCCUCACCCCUUGUGGGCCCGUCGCUCCAGCUGGAGCAGCCUUGGGGGCCGACCCUGCUCCUCCUCAUCUCCCUCUGCCAGCCCUGCCUUCACGCCUACGUCUGCAAGGCCUUUUUAUGGCUACGGUCUGGGGGGUCUCGGAGGGAUGGUAGGGGGAAGCCUCCGUAUCCGCGGCCCUCGUGCCUCCUCGUCUCCCCACCAUCACCAUCAUAUCCAGCCAGAUGAAGAGGAGUCCCUUCUCUCUCCACCUGCUGCCGCUCCUCAUUGUCUUCAGCUGCCGCAUCCAAAGCUCCAUGACUAUUUUGUACCUCGUAGGGACCGCAGAGCUCUCUCCCUGGAGCUCCCACACAUGCUUCAGUCUCCAGCUGGAAACCCACAGCAACAUCAUGCUCUCCCUCCCGUGAAACUCCAUGCUCACCACAGGAAGAAGAGCCUCUCUGGAGGGCUUGUGAUCAGCACCAGUGGGGACUUGGAAGGAAUCCACCAAGACUGUAAUGGGAAGACGCCACUGUCGCACCUGCUCCUUCCACCCUCAAGGCGGCAGACGGAGCAGACCGGAGGGGUGAACCUCCAGAGCCACCUGAUGACGGAUGUCUUCCCCCAGGUCAACACACGCAGCAAGGACAGGGAGGACCUGGAUGACGACAUUGAAUAUAGCUUAUGCUUCCGAAUCCAGAAGAUGUUGGAGGCAUACAGACCAGACUGGUGUGAGACGAGAGAAGACUGGUCCAUCUUUCUCUUCUCUCCGCAGAACAAGUUCAGACAGGUGUGCCAGUCCAUCAUCGCCCAUAAGCUGUUUGACUAUGUUGUGUUGGCUUUCAUCUUCUCCAACUGCAUCACAGUGGCUCUUGAGAGGCCAAAGAUCCUUCAAGGCAGCUUGGAAAGAGUCUUUCUCACCAUUUCCAACUACAUCUUUACUGCCAUCUUUGUGGGCGAGAUGACUCUCAAGGUGGUUUCCAUGGGACUGUAUAUGGGCGAGCAGGCUUAUCUGCGGAGCAGCUGGAACAUUCUGGAUGGAUUCCUGGUUUUUGUGUCGUUGAUUGAUAUUGUUGUGUCCAUGGCGGGAGGGGCGAAAAUCUUGGGCGUGCUCAGAGUACUGAGAUUGCUACGAACGUUGCGUCCCCUCAGAGUGAUAAGCAGAGCUCCAGGAUUGAAGCUGGUGGUGGAGACGCUCAUCACUUCCCUCAAGCCUAUCGGCAACAUCGUCCUUAUCUGUUGCGCAUUCUUUAUCAUCUUUGGUAUCCUUGGCGUACAGCUUUUUAAAGGCAAAUUUUUCUACUGUCUCGGCCCUGAUGUCAAAAACAUCACUAACAAGUCAGAUUGUCUGGACAAAAAGUACAAGUGGGUCCACCAUAAGUACAACUUUGAUAACUUAGGACAGGCUCUGAUGUCUCUGUUCGUACUUGCCUCCAAAGACGGCUGGGUAAAUAUCAUGUACCAUGGCCUGGAUGCAGUGGGUGUUGAUCAACAGCCAAUAACCAACAACAACCCAUGGAUGCUUCUGUACUUCAUUUCCUUCCUCCUCAUCGUCAGCUUCUUUGUCCUCAACAUGUUUGUUGGCGUGGUGGUGGAAAACUUCCACAAGUGUCGCCAGCAUCAGGAAGUGGAGGAGGCCAAGAGACGUGAGGAGAAACGACAACGGCGGAUGGAAAAAAAGAGGAGGAAAGCUCAGAAGCUACCUUACUACGCCAGCUACGGCAAUAUGCGCCUGAUGAUCCACACACUCUGCACAAACCACUACCUGGAUCUCAUCAUCACCUUCAUCAUCUGUAUAAAUGUCAUCACGAUGUCAUUAGAGCACUACAAUCAACCUCGGUCCCUGGACCUUGCACUAAAGUACUGCAACUAUUUCUUUACCUCCACAUUUGUGUUGGAGUCCAUUCUCAAGCUCAUCGCAUUUGGAUUCCGGCGCUUCUUCAAAGACAGGUGGAAUCAGCUGGACCUCGCCAUCGUUCUCUUGUCAGUAAUGGGCAUCACUCUGGAGGAAAUUGAGAUCAGCGCCGCUCUGCCCAUCAACCCCACCAUAAUCAGAAUCAUGAGGGUUCUGAGGAUAGCACGAGUGUUGAAGCUGCUGAAGAUGGCAACCGGAAUGAGAGCCUUAUUGGAUACAGUUGUUCAAGCCCUGCCUCAGGUGGGUAACCUGGGCCUGCUCUUCAUGCUGCUGUUUUUCAUCUACGCCGCCUUAGGAGUAGAGCUUUUUGGAGAACUUGUUUGCAAUGAAGACUAUCCAUGUGAAGGUAUGAGUCGUCAUGCUACCUUUGAAAACUUUGGCAUGGCCUUCCUGACCUUGUUUCAAGUCUCCACGGGCGACAACUGGAAUGGCAUCAUGAAGGACACAUUGCGGGAGUGCCCACCAAACCAUGACUCCGGUGUGGACUAUGGCUGCAAUCCGAGCCUUCAGUUUAUCUCGCCCAUGUAUUUUGUCUCCUUUGUGCUCACCGCCCAGUUUGUGCUCAUCAAUGUGGUGGUGGCCGUGCUGAUGAAGCACCUGGACGACUCCAACAAGGAGGCCCAAGAGGAGGCGGAGAUGGAUGCAGAAAUUGAGCUGGAGCUGGCCCAGGGCACCCUCUGUUGCAUGGGCGCCCCCAGUUGUGGGGGUUUGGGGGUUGACAAAGGACUUUUGACUGUUGGAUCGGGGCUUGGAGCUGCGCCAGGGAGAAGGGAGAGGGGCGGAGGUGCCAGAGGCGAGACGGGGGAAGGAGGAAGGAGGUUGCGACAUCCCGUAACAAACCAGGGACCUUACAAUUCCUGUGAUUCUCCUCAGUCAUAUUCGCCAGCACAAGAGAGCCAGUGGUUGGACAGCGUAUCUCUCCUAAUCAAGGAUACAAUAGAUGGGGAGAUGCUGAUGAUCGACAACCUCUCCGGCUCCGUCUUCCACCAUUACUCCUCUCCGCCUGUCUGCAAAGACUGCAAGGGCCACCCGCAAGAGCAGAUCAGAAUGGCAGAGAUUGAGCAGGCAUCACUGAAGUCGGAGCAACUCUCAGAUAAGUCCUCGUCUCCUGCUCUCCCUGAUGACCUGAGCCUGGACGAACAUACCAGCUACAUACUGCUGAUGCAAGACGGGAAGGGAAGGUGCAGCAGUAGCUCCCAUAACUCUGAUGAGGCCGAUGGUGGAGGAGGCAGCCAUGGAGGUGGUCAUCAGACUGAGGAACAAGGUCAAGGUCAGGGGGUUUCCCUGCAAUGCAGGGCUUCCAGCUCGGACACAGAGACAGAGACUGAACUGCAAGAGAUGGAAAUGCAAACAUACCACACAAAGAUGUGCUCACCUCUCUGCUCCCCUGGUGGGAUUUCCAGCAUCAGCAGCAAGGACAGAGGCAAAGGAGACGAGGAAAAGGGGGCCAGUGGCAUUUCUACCCUCUUUCAUCUGCCUGCUGAGUUUUUCCACUCUGCAGGAGCAGCCAUCUCUGUACCUUCACGCAGUCGGAGCCUGCGUUUGUCAAGAGGCCUCAGGCUGACCUCCCCAGCCUCUUGGGUCUCAUUCCGCUCCCCUGGAGCCCCUCGAAAGAUGCUCUGUGCACAAUACCCAUCCCACAGUGACUCGUCCCUUGCCACUGGUAGCUCUGAAGGCAGCCUCCAGACAACCCUGGAAGAAGGACUGAGCUUCAGUGUUUCUCCAUCGCAGAACCUGGAAUUGCCAAUCCCAACAGCUUCCUUAUCACCCAUGUGCCCUAUCUCACAGCCUGAAGACAGAAUUACUAUUUCCUCUCCACUUCAGGCCCUAAAGCCUAGGGUGAACCCUCCAUCUUCUGUAACCCUUCUGGCCACCAGGGGACACCAACGGAGCCAGAGCAGUGGACGAGGCAGCACAAGCCCCGGCUACAAUCGUGACGACUCCAUUGACCCGUCAGAUGAAGACUUGGGCAUAGGCAUUGGCUCGUCUAUCGGUGGUUGUGGCUCCAGCCAAGCGGGCAACAGUGAACAUUUAUCAGAGGCGCUGAGCAGCAUGUCACUGACAUCUUUGCUGCCGCCUAGCACCAUCCUAUGCCCUGGAGGACAAGUAAAGAAGUGCAACAGCACAGGCAGCCUUGACAAGGGGGGUCUUCUGCUGUCUUCCCGGUGCAGGGAAGGCCGCAGGGAAAUUAUGGGAAUGGAGCUAAUGGACCCCCAGGGCUUUUUGGCCAACCCUUGGACAGGAGUACUAGGUGACAGCAGAAGAGGAGAGGGAACUGGAGUAAUAAAAGAUGCAGAGCACAGCUUGAAAGGGAAGAGCUCAAGCCAAACAACAGUGGGGUCUUGUCGAAAAAAUAGAUGAAACCUACUGUUUUGUUUUUCUUCGUCUUUCCAUUUCUUGGAACUAAACCCAUUGCCGUUCCUCUCACUCUGCUUCAUCAGUGAGACACAGGUCUGAUGAAACAUGAUGCUCGGUAUUUCAACACCAAAUCCUCACCUUGCCCCUCAGCAUUUUUAUAGACAUUUUUGACAAUUCCUGUAUGUGCUAUCUGGGGGAGUGGCGUUGGUUAUGGUUGAUGGUGCAGAAUUGCCUCAUAGAGUAAAUGCCCAUGGACAGAGGAGUGGCUCCUCUGCUGUCUUAGGAGAUGUAUUCCUGCAGGAUCCGAUGGGAAGUUGUGCUCACACUGAAAAACAGCAGUGUUUGUUUACAACAGGAAGUCAGCCGAGGAGGAUGUUAGGAAGCUAAACCUUUAAGAUGCAACAGCGAGUUGGUAUUGCUCUGAAGCAGAUUCCUCCUCUCUCUAAUGGGUUGAGUUUAUUGGGGUUGAAAAUAAGAAAUCUAAUCCAUUUCAAGAGACUCUGUUUAAAACUGUUUAUGUCUCAAAGACAGGGCUACAUUUAGGCUUGCAGAGGACCUACUGGGAUGGAAUACAUCAAGGUGGAAAGUAGACUGGGAAAGGAAGGGUAGAUGUAAUAUCUGUCUUUCCUGGCAAACCUUCAGCUUAGAUCCGACUUAAAUGUGAGGAUGAUGGAAAGUUCAGUGUAGUUCGGUCCGGGUCUGUGUUUGUGUUCCCGAGCACUGCCUCAGGUAUCCAAGGCAUGAAUUAAAUCAUCCUCAUUGCUGGCUGUACCACAUUUCAGUGUUUCUGAAACCUGACUAUAGGUCUCGACAUUGUGUGUCUGUCAACUUGGUCGUCAUGAAAAUGGAAAUAAAUUGAGGGACAGUGGAGGUAAAACUGUGCAUGAAGUGAUUUGUGAAAUUGGUUAUUUUUCAUUAUAUCUCCAGCAUUUCUCACUCAUAAACAUGGAGGAAUAAGUGUGAAAGAGAGGCAGGGAGAAAGGACUCAAAAUCCUGUCUGAGAGCACCUAAGUGUGUGCAUGAAGCAACUUUUUGUGCACUGAAAUGGAGCUCUAAGUGCACUCUUUGUGACUGCACUCCUUUCUCAGCAUCUUCAAGGAUUCUAAAUGAAAGGACCCUGUUGCAAAGAACCUUGACUGCAUGAUGGGAUUGCAUCUAACCAUGAUUUUUAAGCUAUAUACAGAUGUGUACUAAGAUUUCAAUGUCGGGUGAUAACCAUGUGAUUCCUAUUCCACUAUUUUUGUAGACAAGAGAAUAGGCACGUUUGCGUAUUGCCAUUAGUUUGUCCUUAUUGAAUCCCUGCAGUGUCUUUGACUUGUCUAGGACUUUUUGUCUGCCAGAGGCUUCCAAUUUUGUAAAAUUUUUUUAACUGAGGGCGGUGCGUAAAAUGACAAAGCAAAAAAUUUCAAAGAAACGUGUGCGCUGAAGUGAUUGUCCCCUGCACAUUUUCUUAUGGGAAUACUUGCUCCUCAAGGACAGUUGUUUUUUUUUUGUCUUGGUUUCCCAUGAGUUGAAGUCUGUGGACGAUCAGAAAUGGGAACAGCCAUAUUCACUCACCACUUGUGGACAUUCUAGCUCACAAACAUGGCUGCAACAUUCUUUGCUUGUAGCCUCAUGACUGAAAACCUCUGACAGCAUAAACCAUCAUGAUGAAAGCUUUAAUUUUAGAGUUACAUCACAACAUAUCGGUCAUGGGCACCCUACUGCACCUUAAGCAUGGUUCUGGGAUUGCAAUAGAGUAUGCUACUUUAUCACAUGAUACUUUGAUGCACUCAUCUUCUCCAUCUCAUUGUAGCAACCCUUUCUAAUUUUAUUGUUUAAUUUAAAAAAAAAAAUUACAAAGUUUUUUUUCUCUCUCUCUUUUAAUGAAAACUUAUUUUGGUUUCAGCCAUUUAGAGUAUUGCUUCAUUCAAAAAGAGGAUUCUGAUGCCUGAGGUAGACUGUUGUUUUAAAUAAUAACCAUAGUUUGAAUUUUUUCCAAGAAUGAACAAAACAUGGAGGCGGUGUGGGAAAAUGUGAGGUUUCAACCUCAUUUAUCAUGCAAAAUCACAAUGAUGACUAUGUUUUAUCAUAAAGAGUUUGUUUUUAAUGGGCAAGACAAUUAUAUGUGUGAGAGGGGGUGUGUGCUUGUGUGUAAAUAACUUCAGGUAAAGUGACUUGCCUUUCCCUGAAGUGUCCUGUUUGUCAGUGAAGAGGAUACUUGUGGUAUAAGGAUGAAGAUGAAAAGGAAAAGUAACCAAGGGCUGUUUUAGCUUCAAAGAUAUAUUGUCUUAUAUCUUUUUAAGACGAAUAGUUGUCAAUGAACAUGGCAUCAAAAGGUUAAGCCUGACAACACAGCAAUAAAUGUUCCAUGUAUGUUCCCUGAGUAAAUGAUGUCAAUGUGAUUUUUAUCUCCUUAGAACAACAGAAUUCAUGUGUCUGUUUUCACUUUUAUUUGUCUGAAACACCCAAUCGGAAAGCACCUCUGCCCUCUCAGAUACCAGUCAAAGAAGAAGAGUUGGGCUCCAAUUGGACAACUUGAACAAAUGAGGUUAUUAAACUCAGGUCGGGGGGUAAAAACCACUCGUAAUAUCUUAUACAAUAGCUGUGAAGUUGUGCUCAGACAGAAUGCAAAGCAGAAUUUUACCUGGUUUGAUUCAGUUUUCACAUUUUGCCCCGUUUCUAUGUACUUUUAACAGCCAGACAUGAGCUGUAACACCACAUUAAAUCUUUGUGUGAACAAAGUGUGCCUUUAUACAUUGUGCGUGCAACAGCUCAUACUGAGUCUGAUUUCAAAAGUUCCAGUAACUUAAGAUGAUUUUACCACGUUACCCUUAUUCAGUCUUUUUUUCUAACUACCGUUUUUUAAAAUAUUGACCAGAGCCAUUUUAAAUUUUUCAAAAGAUCUGGAUAUCUCUAAGGCUAACUUUAAGAUCCAAAGCUAUAUGUACUAAAAAAAAAAA